UGGGUGUUCUGUUUCCUCUAACCACUUCCUUGUGCAGCAGCUAGAAGCUUCUAGCCAGACCAGCGCGACAGGCUCUCGGGUCAGAGCACCCACUCAGUUGCAGGUUAAAACAAGAUGGGCGGCAUUUUUACAUCUCAGGUGGAUCUGGAAAAGCUGAAGAACGAGGAGGCAGCGAAGAAGAGACAGCACGAGCACGAGGAGGAAGAGAAGAAGAGACAGCACGAGAAGGAAGAGAGGCAGCGAGAGCGCGAGAAGGAAGAGAGGCAGCGAGAGCGCGAGGAGGAAGAGACUAAGAGACAGCGCGAGGAGGAAGAGACUAAGAGACAGCACGAGAAGGAAGAGAGGCAGCGAGAGCGCGAGGAGGAAGAGAAGAAGAGACAGCACGAGGACCGUGAAAGAGAGCGACAGCACAAGGAACGCAUGCACCAGAGAGAGCUUAAAGACAAGGCCGAGGAAAGAGAGGCCCGGCGCCAGAUGCAAGAGAGAGAGUAUGAGGAGCAAGAGAAGAAGAGGAAGCACGAGGAGAACAUCAUAAAGCUGCAGAUCAAAAAAUUGAAAUUGCAAAUUCUCCUCAACACUAACCUCUCAUUCAGUAAGAAUUCCCCAAAGGGCAAUCUUCUCCAAGAUAUGUUCUCAUCCAUCACAUGCCCCACUAUGUCUGAUGCUGUUGAGAAUGGUGAUGACAGCAGUGACGACAAUGUUGAUGACAGUUCAAGAUAGAGAACCCUCCAUUCUUAACCCUUCUGAACGGAGGAACUGUGAUGCUCGAUGUAUUGUCGCCUAACCUGCCACCAAGGACAUAGUCCAUUUCUCCUCUCACCUUCCCUUCCCCUUUGGAAUGCUUUUCCCACCCAGGAGUUUAUUUCUGACUUUUCCUUUCGCUUUUCUGAGUCCUACUUAUUGGCAGUGCUAAUAAAGACAUAAGUGACAGAA